GCAUCCUAGGGAGCGACUACAUUAACGCCAACUACAUCGAUGGGUACCGCAAGCAGAACGCCUACAUCGCCACUCAGGGGCCUUUGCCGGAGACCUUUGGUGACUUCUGGCGGAUGGUUUGGGAGCAACGUUCCGCUACGGUGGUGAUGAUGACAAAGCUGGAGGAGAAAUCCAGGAUCAAAUGUGACCAGUACUGGCCAGGCCGGGGCACAGAGACUUACGGGAUGAUCCAAGUGACCUUGUUAGAUACAAUUGAGUUGGCCACAUUCUGUGUCCGCACCUUCUCCCUGCACAAGAACGGUUCCAGUGAAAAGCGUGAAGUCCGCCAGUUCCAGUUCACUGCCUGGCCAGAUCACGGCGUUCCCGAAUACCCCACUCCGUUUCUGGCUUUUCUCAGGAGAGUGAAAACAUGCAACCCGCCCGAUGCUGGCCCCAUCGUCGUGCACUGCAGUGCUGGGGUGGGUAGGACUGGCUGCUUUAUUGUCAUCGAUGCCAUGCUGGAGAGAAUAAAACACGAGAAGACGGUGGACAUUUACGGACACGUCACCCUCAUGAGGUCCCAGCGAAAUUACAUGGUACAGACGGAAGACCAGUACAGUUUCAUACACGACUCUUUGCUAGAAGCCGUCGCCUGUGGAAACACGGAGGUCCCCGCUCGGAACCUGUACACCUAUAUCCAGAGGUUGGCACAGAUAGAGGUGGGAGAGCACGUCACAGGCAUGGAACUGGAGUUCAAGAGACUCGCCAACUCCAAAGCCCACACCUCCAGGUUCAUCAGUGCCAACCUGCCCUGUAACAAAUUCAAAAAUCGCCUUGUCAACAUCAUGCCAUACGAGACCACACGGGUUUGCCUUCAGCCUAUCCGCGGAGUCGAGGGCUCCGACUACAUCAAUGCCAGCUUCAUUGACGGAUACAGGCAACAGAAGGCUUACAUCGCCACCCAGGGACCCUUGGCAGAGACCACAGAGGACUUCUGGCGCAUGCUGUGGGAAAACAACUCAACCAUUGUGGUGAUGUUGACUAAGCUGCGAGAGAUGGGACGGGAAAAGUGCCAUCAGUACUGGCCGGCCGAGAGGUCUGCACGGUAUCAGUACUUUGUGGUGGACCCCAUGGCUGAAUAUAACAUGCCUCAAUACAUCCUCCGAGAAUUCAAGGUCACCGAUGCCAGGGAUGGCCAGUCUAGAACCGUGCGCCAGUUCCAGUUCACCGACUGGCCGGAACAAGGUGUGCCAAAAUCCGGCGAAGGCUUUAUCGAUUUCAUUGGGCAGGUGCACAAAACUAAGGAGCAGUUUGGACAAGACGGACCGAUUUCCGUCCACUGCAGUGCGGGAGUAGGCAGGACCGGCGUCUUCAUCACGCUAAGCAUCGUACUGGAGAGGAUGCGCUACGAAGGGGUGGUGGACAUCUUCCAGACCGUGAAGAUGCUGAGGACACAACGGCCCGCCAUGGUACAGACAGAGGACGAAUACCAGUUCUGCUAUCAGGCCGCCCUGGAAUACCUGGGGAGUUUCGACCACUAUGCAACAUAAUAAGGGAAAGGAAACUUCUCAAAAGCCAUUCGUUGUGCAGAACUCCUAACACUUUUCAGCCUGCAAGGCUCCUGUUUGAGCGACGCGAAGCUAAGCCUCCACCUUUCUAAACACCUACAGACUGAAUCAGAAAAAAAACGCUGCCUCGCCGGGAAGGAGGCACCAGGGGAGACCCCAGCAGCGACACCCCCUCCUUCUCCCGAGGUGCCGCUGCAUCUCCAAAAGGGACUUUCCCCCCCCCUCUCGGCCUGUGUUUCGGAAACCCCGGAGCCCACCCCCCAGGGUGGCUGCGAACCAGGGCAGGAAUUUUUUCUCCCCCUUCUUUUUCCUUCUUUUUAAGUGGCGAACUUGUUGUUCUUACCUCAUCUGGUGUCGACGGUGUGGGGAGCCCACGGACCGCUUGCAACCGAACCAAGAAACCACAUGGAACCUUUUCUUAUUGCAGCAGGCGCCGGCCUCGUCCACACACCUCGGAGAGCAGCGGUCCAGUUGGGGGGGGGAGGGAAAGCAACCCCUGGCCAAGAACCAGAGAGAGGCAGAGAGAGAGAGAGAAAACCUACAACAACCGAUGGGGAGAAUAGCAAAAGAAGAAUCUGGCCACCACAAGUAAUAUUUUAGGGUUCAGUUGACAUACUGACUAAUCUUGCGGGCGGGCUUAAAGGAAGCCACUUGAGGUGUGAAAAAUUAAGAGGCAAACAAGGCAAAAUUUUGCAUCAGGUUGGGGGUGGCAGGACUCCACACCAAGCGGGGUUGGGGGGUUUUUUUUUCGGGCUGUCCUGCGGCUUCUUUCUCAGCUUAAGCUUCUCAAACACUUUUAACAUUCCUCUUCUUUUACCAACCUUCUUCCCAUGUCAAAAAGCAAACCAGAACAGGCAAUAAACACCUCCUCGCACCCCCCCCACCCCCACCCACAAGCAUUUCACAUUUUGCAAAAAAUAAAAAAAAAGAAAUCCACAGUAUUUGCCACACACGUCAUCUAAACUCUGAAUUUUGGAAAUCUGCAAUCGGCAAACACCCGUUCCAGGUU